AUGACAGGAAUGGACGUUUUGGGUUUGACCUACUCAAACCCGAGCAUUCAGCAGAAAGCGCAGAAUGUUCACCCUUACACCUCAUCCAUCGCUUCAUCCGCCUCAUCAUCGUCCUCAUCUAUCUUCUCCCUUGACUGCGUCUCCUCUCAGAGUUCGAUCUCUUCAUCGUCCACUCACAUGGUAGAUGUCAUCUGGGAGAACGAAGCGUCUGGUGAGACGCCGGUGACCGGAAGAGGCCUGGCUCAAUCAAGUGAAUCGAGUUCCCGUUACCCCCGGGGAAGUGUGAGGGCAAAUGUUCCCAAAGUGGCUGACACGGCAGUGCCGCCUGAGUUGCGGAAGAACCCUCGACGUACCAACAGCCUUGGUGUCUCAUCGAACGGUGCUCCCUCUUGCGUGCGCGCCCCGCCGUCUCUUGUUCGUCAAUGUGAGCGGAAAGUGAACUUCGUCGAUAAUCUCGUCGAUACUGCGGCGCAAAUAGUCGAGACGAUAUGGCCGUUGUCGGUCGUCUCUCUUCGCGGCGAUUCUACCCUGGGCUGCAAGGGAGUUCUGCCUCUGCGUACCUUCAUUCAGGAAACGCUCAGGCGAUCCCGCACAAGUUACAGUACUCUGCAGGUGGCGCUCUAUUAUCUGAUCAAGAUCAGACCCCAUGUGCCCAAACAUGAUUUCACAAUGGAACAGCCUAGGGAUAAGCCGCUCGCACGCGCCAUGCAGUGCGGUCGACGCAUGUUUCUCGCCGCCUUGAUCCUCGCGUCCAAGUAUCUACAGGACCGCAACUACUCCGCCCGAGCCUGGAGCAAGAUUUCGGGCCUCAACACGGUCGAGAUCAACCAGAACGAACUGAUGUUUCUCGACGCCGUGAGCUGGAGGUUGCACAUCCCGGAGAGUACGUUCCAGCGCUGGACAGACAUUGUCCUCAGGUACACUCCUGGUGCUGGAGCGCCGCCUCCCGCGGACGGUCAGUGCUGGCGCACGAUCAUUCCCAAGCUCACGCCUGAGCUUGAUUUUGUCGAUCCCGAACCCGUCAGCCCCUGGGGUUUCGGAAGCUUCGAGAUGGACUGUGCUGCGGAAGCACCCUGCAGCGAGAUGUCGACACCGAGUCUCUCGUCUUCCCACGAGCAGACCCCGACAUGCGCUCGCAACAUCCCUCUCACUCUCGAGCCGACCCCUCGAUUGGAGUAUCACAACCCAUCUCUGCCUGCGCUUCCCCGACCUGGCUUGCUACCGACUCCUCAGAUGACGCCUCAGUCGAGCGCCGCUUCCACUCCUGCUGUGAGUGUCAGCGGUUUCUAUCCGCGGAGGCCAUCCAUCUGUUCAGCGAUGUCGCAAGCUCAGAGCCUGUGCACGGCGCGUUCGACGCUCGAUCAGCGCCCGCCCCCGUCGUUUUCUGGCCGGUCGGUAACCUACGAUGGCUACCCCACGGCGAUGCGUCGCUCCUCUCUGGCGCGAUCGACUUCGUCCGCCUCGUCUCCAGAGUCGAUGGUCUCCGAUGUCUCGUCGAUGUCGUCGCGUUCUUCCCGCUCUUCCUCCAUCUCGUCGAGUGCGUCUGGGACUUGCGCGCCUAUCCAGUCUCGGCUGGCUAUCAAGGCGACUCGUCGCUGCGCCAACAACGCGCUGAAGGAGUGCCGGAAGAACCUGAUCAUUGCCUCUCCGAUCGAUGAGACAGCGCUAGCGGGAAUCUACAACUCCCCGGAAUCGUACGUUGGUUCUGCACCGCAGGUGCCGGAUCUGUCCAAUUUCUCGUUGAAUACUCCCAUCGAUUUAACUGCCCACGAAGCCGCUCAGGGUCUCUGUGAGCUAUCGGGCGCUGUACCCCGCUCUCACCCGACGCCGGAGCCUGUCCCGGAGACACGACGCUGCCGAAAGCGCGGUCGCACCGCGUCGGAAGACAUGAUUCUGCAGACCAACGUCCGCCAGAUCAUGGGCAUCAAUCCGGGCAAGUCGGAGGCGGUAGUAUUGACUGACCGCAACGUUGCUGAGUCCUUCAUGCUUCCGCAGCCGAAAGGCUUGCAGUCACCGUCCACUUCUCAGUUUGGCUCGCUGCGCUUGCCGGUCCCUCUAUCCGGUCCUCAUGGCACGGGCAGCUUGAAGCGUGCAUGCUGCGGCAGCGAGGCCCGGCCGUUUCUGCUGAACGCUGCCGGUCGGUCCAAGACCUUUAACUGA